AAACAGCCUUUUGGGACACCAAAAGACACAAACCAAUGCUUAUUAGCACCCCUUAACCUCCUAAACCAUGCUCCAGAAACAUAAUUCCCCUGCUUUGCCAAUCUCUUAACCCUUCAUUUCACCAAAAAAAAAAAAAAAACCAAACAAAUGAUUCGCAGAAGCACCUCAAAAACACCUAUUGCAAUCUACUGUUGGUGUUUCCAAGUUGUUCUAGUCUUGGUUUUGGCCUCAGUAGCAGCAUGGGUAAGCCUAAUACCCAAAAGUCCCUCCUUCGCCAUUUCCGAUUUCCGAAUUCCAGCCUCCAACGGAACGAAUUCUUCGGUUUCUCAUCGCGGUGAAGUCGUCACGAACACUUCCCUCAGCUUCAAUCUAACAAUCUCAAACCCCAACAAAGGUACGGGAAUUCAAUACAGUGACAUCCACAUCACAUUGUAUUACAAAGGUGCUAGAAUUGGUACGAGGCCUGUUAUUCCCGGUUUCUAUCAAUCCCAUAAGAAGAGUGUUUCUUGCAGCGUGCUAGUAAACGCCGGUCGACAGUUUUGGAGAGGGGUUGGCAACGGGAAUAUUGUGGUUUUGAGGGCGGGCUUGGAGACUGGAGUUAGAUACCGGAUUUUACGAUGGAAGACGGAGAAGCACCGGAUGGAUUUCGAAGCAUUUGUGAUUAUAGAUCGACAGGGGAGGAUAGAUGGGGAGAAGACUAUAAACCUACAUCGCAUACCAAGUUGACAGAAAAGUGUGGAAAUUAAGGUUUUUUUUUAGUUUUCCCUUAUUUUGAGUUGAUUAUGUGUUUUUUCUUCUACAAGCCGAAUAUGAAUACCAAGAGUUUCAAUGUUGAAAAA